UCUCCGCAAGCAGCCAAUCAGGCUGUGACUUUAUCCGUAUUAACUAUUAAGUAUUUCUCUGGUUUUGUUGUCGUCAGAGCAAAAAGUUCUUCAAUUCUCACAGCCAAUAACGACAACAAAUCCUUCGAGAUCUACUACUUCGUCUCUCUCUGUAGGGUUUUAUUGGUUUGAUGUUGAACUAAAUAUUGGAGAAUUGAUUGUGCCAAUGCGGUUGUUUCCGUUGAGCUCAAGUUCGAGCUCAAGGUCCAGUUCAGACAAGGAACAGGGCAGUGGAGGCAGCAACCACGCUUUCUUGUACCUGAAUGUGUAUGAUCUCACGCCUAUAAAUAACUACAUCUACUGGUUCGGGCUUGGGAUCUUUCAUUCGGGCAUUGAAGUGCAUGGGUUGGAAUAUGGCUUUGGAGCCCAUGAGUAUCCUUCAAGUGGGGUAUUUGAGGUAGAACCAAGAAGAUGUCCAGGCUUUAUAUUUCGGCGAUCCGUGUUGUUAGGCAGCACUGCCAUGUCUCGUUCAGAAUUUCGUUCAUUCAUGGAACAUUUUUCUGCAAAAUAUCAUGGGGAUACUUACCAUUUGAUUGCCAAGAAUUGCAAUCACUUCACUGAUGAGGUCUGCCUGCAACUUACCGGAAAGCCUAUCCCCGCCUGGGUAAAUCGAAUGGCUCGACUAGGUUCUUUUUGUAAUUGUCUCUUACCAGAAAGAAUUCAGAUUACAGCAGUUAGGCAUCUUCCUGAUCAUCCAGCUUGUUCUGAUGAUGAUGGAUCAGAUUCUAUGGCAUCAUGUACAACAGCAGGUAGUGAGGAAGAGGUUGCAGAUCAUAAUCUGCUGACAUCGGCAAGUAGUGAUGUCGCAUUUCUGAAGGAAAAACCGGUGAGGUUGGCAAGGGAACUGCUGUAGAUUUUUUUGUUCAAUUUUUUUCUAUCAUUUGUGUCUUGUUUCAGUUGUUUGUAACUGUAGUAUAUGAUGCCAGCUACAAGAACAUGUGUUGGCUUCUUUCAAUAUUUGUUUGCUUCUAUUGUAACAUUACCCAGAAUCAGUUUAUUUAAUCACACUACUGGAGUUGCUCUAAA